GAAAAGAGGAGGGGGUAUCAUACCACUCUGUUGUACUGGAGAAAACAGAUAACACUUCCUCUAUAUACGUUUCAAUCAGUAUGGCAAUCAUGCUCUAAUAAUUUCUGUACUCUCCUCAUUGUAUUUCUUCUACCGAGACUUUCUGAGUUUUACUCUCCUUCUUCCUGCAUCACUCAGGACCAGGCAGCUACAGAAGAGACCUUCUUGUCGAUGAAAAAUCCCAGUCAGGAAAUCUGAAGAUGGAGAAAGAAUACCCACCACAGGUCUCAGCUCCACCAUACCCUGGACCACCUAUGAACUAUGGGGGUGUGGUACAUCCGCAAGACACGUAUCCUCAGCCGGGAUUCUCACCUGGUGCAACUCCACCUGUGGCUUAUCAAGGAGUCACUCAUGUGGUUGUAACACCUGCACUGCAGGACGUCCCAGGACAAAUGUUGUGUCCUAAUUGCCACCAGACUGUGGUCACCACCACGGAGCACAAAGCGGGCCUCAUGACGUGGGCCAUUUGCGGCGGCCUCACCAUCUUUGGGUGUUUUCUUUGCUGCUGUAUCCCCUUCUGCAUUGAUUCCUGCAAAGAUGUGGAGCAUCGCUGUCCAUCCUGUAACAGAGUCAUCUACUUAUACAAGCGAAUGUGAAACUAUCUUGAAUGUGAAUAACAGAACCUACACAUGCAGUGGCUUAUUAGUGGUUUGCUCUAAAGCAUUGAUUUAUUACGAACCAAAACUGGACAUCUAUAUAUUUGGCCAAAUUAUUUCUAUCCAUUAAUGUAUACAGUAAAUGUUUGACUUUUAAACAAAGAACUAUAAACUCUUAGUUUGUAAGCUAGCUUCGUCGCUGUUUGCGGAGUUACACUGUUCCCCCUUUUUGCUUUGGAAAAAAGAAAAGGUAAAAUCUUUUCUGGUGCUACUUUUAGUUUAAGAGGAUUAUUGGUCUCUUAAUGGUCUUUGUGAUGUAAUUUCAAAUUGUUUUAUUUUGGUCACAGCUAACUGCUUUUCAAGGAAUAAAAGGUCAAACAAUGAAAGAAUUGGGUCUCCUGGUUUCGCUCUACUAUUCAACAGUGUAACAUGCAGUAAUUACAGAAGGUGAUGUUGAAGUGAUACAAGAUACUUAAUUACAACGUUSUAACAAUUAUGUUAUUGUAAGAAAAAUUCACUUUUUGUUUUGGUUCAAUUUCAGUUACUGCCAUAACCAUAAAACCCACUAUUUGGAACUCCCUGUGUUCACCACUAGGAUGUGCUGUGUCCUCCAUUACAGGCAUAGACCCCAUAUAGAUUUGUUUCAGGUUGCUAAACUUKAAAGGGAAAGUGAAAGUGUUUCCUAUAAAAUCACUUUCUCCUGACAUGGUUGCAGAACCACUCCCUGCAGAGCCUUAMGAGGACUUAAAGCUGUCACUACUACUGUGACUGUCGAGCUAAAGCUAAUUUCUUUACUUUGACAUAACGAUCAGUGCAUCUAUUGAAUAAACAGCACAACAUAUUUAUUUUCUCACAUWUCAACAUGCUGUAAGUAUAUGCAGCUGGUAUAGUUCAAUWGGAAUUUGACAGAACAAUUAUWACUCAUGUAAAAUAUUUUUUAUUUAKUUUCCCUCUCUAUCCUUUUCACUGCAGCCUUUUGUUGAGAGUGUUUUCUUGUGUGAUUUACWGUUUGAUUAAAUUCAGUUAUC